CCCAGGCCUUUAGUUCUUCACAUAUCCCGAGACAGUGACAUAUCCCAUAACCUAAAUUUACGAAUUUAAGUAAUUUUGUAUUGUUUGAUUAAUUAGAUUUACUUUAAUUUAAACUUAUCAGAUAAUCCAAGAAGAAACUUAAUCGUAUUUGCCAUACUUAGUACUUUUCAAUAUGUCUGAAACAGAGGAAUCUACCCUCUCAUCCACUGAGAAGAAAAUAUUUGAAGCAGUAACAAAUAAUGAUGCUGGUUUACUUAAAAACGCCCUUUCAGAGAACUCAAAUGUUAAUAUAUUCGAUGAGAAUAGAAUUACCCCCCUUCAACAUGCUGCAUAUAAAGGAAAUAAAGAAAUAGUCCAGAUCCUUCUAGAUCAUGGGGCAAAUGUUAAUCUGUGUGAGCAUCAGCACAACUACUCCGCCCUCCACUUUGCAGCUCUAUCCGGAAAUUCGGACAUUUGCCUGCUCCUUUUGGAAGCUGGUGCAAAAUCUACAGAAACCAAUACUGUGGGGAGAACACCGUCGCAAAUGGCUGCUUUUGUAGGACACCAUAACUGUGUUUCGGUUAUAAAUAAUUUUGUACCCAAAGAAGAAGUGGAGUACUACACACAUGCAAGUGGAACUUCUAGCACCCCAUAUUUACCGCCUUUUCUUCUUGAGAGUUUUCAUAAAUUUAUAAUGGAAAUCAAUAUACAUCCUGUGAAGAUUGUGAUGAAUGUGCACAACUUUCUUGGGCUUGAAGAUCACUUGGAAGAAGUGAAAAAGGUGUUAGAGCUUAUGUGUGAGAAAGAGAUGAAAAAGGGACAAGAGACUAAUGAGGUAAUGGCAUUUAAGUUUCAUUAUUUAGGAUAUAUUGUUGGGGAGGUGCUCAAGUUAAAGCAGAGACAGGCAGUGAAGAAGGAGGAAGAAAAAGAAUCAGCGGAAGGGGAUGAAAAGAAAACUGAUAUCAGUGAGACAUUUGCAAGAAAGAUCCUGAAACCAGGAAAAGAUGAUAACCUAGAAUUUAUGGAUGCAUUUCUUAAAGAGUGCAUAAGAGAAUUUCCAUUUAGGGAGAGCACUUUGUUUAGGCAAAUAGUGACUUCACUAUCAGGAAGCGAGUCUCCUUCUGCUUUUUAUGUUGUUAAUUCAGUUAUAAAUGGCCAAAGAGGUUUUCUGGACACUAUUGCCACUUGCAACACAUGUGGCCAAGAAAAGCCUGCCAAAAAAUGUUCCAAGUGCAAAGUAGUUCAGUACUGCGAUAGAAACUGCCAAAGGUUGCACUGGACCUGGCAUAAAAAGGUAUGUUCUAGGUUGAGUCAGGAUCAGGUAUCUGAGCAACAAAUGAACAACCUCACCAAAUCCACCAAGGAUGUUGACAUAAACGAGCUACAGAAUUUUUUAGCUAAGAACUAAAUCUACAUUUACGGUUAAAUAUUAAAAUAUAAGUUUAAAACUUGGUUUUACAGAAUGUCUUCAAAAAUAUGAGUGUAUAAUUGUGGCUAACAUAAAGUGAUUGUUAAGUAUA